AUGAAGAUACAGCGAAUCUUCAUCUACCCGGUGAAGUCCCUGAGGCCGGUGGAAGUCAAGGCAGCAGAGAUCACGAACGAGGGGUUGCGCUUCGAUCGUCAAUAUGUUCUGGCGAAACCCCCGACAGCCGAGUCGAAAGGCCUGGCUGAGCACAUCACCAUCAAGAAUCACUUCGAGCUGGGGCUGUUCCACACAAUGAUCGACAAGGCAUGGUCGAAGCUGACGAUAACCCACGUGCAUUCCGAAGAGAACAGCGCCAUCACUCUACCUCUGACACCGUCGCCAGUCAGUCUCAUGAACGCCGAGGUCUUCCAGGUCAGCAUAUUCGGCACCAAAGCUGAAGGCAUCGACAUGGGCCCAGAAGCGUCGAAAUUCUUCUCCCACCAUCUACACUACGAAGAUGUGCGGCUACUCUACAUUGGCGGGUCUGGACAGAGAGAGAUACCCGGCGCUGUACUGAUCAAGAAGAACCGUGCUCUGUCGAUCGCAGUCAACGACAAGUUGGCACCGCAACGAAUACGCUUUGCAGAUGCUGCUCCGCUGCUAGUCACAUCAACAGCGUCGGAAGAAGCGGCACGACGAAGACUCCCGCCAUCUGGUCGAAGCGAGGACGUGAUUGUGCGAUUUCGACCCAACAUCCACGUUGAUGUUGGAGACGAGGAGCCGCCUUUUGGAGAAGAUUCCUGGAAUAUGCUUACGGUCCGGUCGAAAGUGGAUUCAACGCAGCAAGUGUCGAUACGCUGCCUUCAGCGUUGCGUGCGAUGCCUCAGCCUGAAUGCAGAUCUGGCUCAGGGCAGAAUGAUCACGACGAAUCGUCAACUCUACGGAUUGCUGGCGAAAGAUCGCAGAGUCAACGAGUUGUUUCCUCAUAAGCCCGUGUUCGGCCAGUAUGCAUGCGCCGGCCCAAGUGGAGCGGUUCUACGCAUUGACGAUGAGGUCGAGGUGGUUGAGCGCAUCACUGCGCCCAUGACACCAGCCAGUGCAAGUCCCCGUUCGCGAGCAACUACACCCCUAAUCAUCAAGGACGAGAGUCGACAUUCGGCAGAACCAAUGACAGCAUGA